AUGACUUACACGUACCAGGUGCGACGUUCCUUGGCGAACUUGAUGUUUGAACAAUGCAGCUCCCGAUGCCUAUUUGACUUCGACAACCCCAAAGUGGCCUAUGCCUGGAUUGAAGGCAACAGCUGUUGGCUGAAGACAGACCAUUGCGGCUUCCGCUACGAGCAGCAGGGCGCCCUGCUGCGCAAGAAGAGUUUCUGCAAGGACGAGCGCAUCAGAGUGAACGAGGAGAGGGGGAAGACAGAGACGGCGAGCGCAUCGCCCCGUGUCCUGGGCUUCAGCUGCUUGGUGACCCGCUCUCUGCGGCAGAGUUGUGAUGGCUGUGUGCCGUUCUCCGGGAAACUCUCCAAUGAUUUCAUGAAACAGCAAUGCGGUGAUUUGCUGCACUAUCCAGUGGACAUCAGCGAGCAUGCAAGGGCAUGCCACUUCACCGACACGCCCAUGGUAAAGAAAGCCUUGGCAAAUCUCAUGUUUAGCCAGUGUGGUGCGCAAUGCCUUUUCGACUAUGACUUUCCUCAUGGACGAUGGUACGGCUGGAAUGCACAGUCACACUGCUACGAGAAGAACCCAGCAGGCUGUAAGGGCACUGAGGCCCAAGCUUUCGCCAUCGAACGAAAAGCCUUGGCCUGCAAGGCGAACCGCCGGUUAGCUGGAUGGCAGGGCGGGACCUCGCCGCCUUGUCACCGUUUGGGCUUCGGAAAAUGGAUUGAUCCGUCCGCGGGGAGGGACCUGAAACCAGCCGCGGAGGCGCCGUCCGAACCACCCGAAUUGGCCUUUCAGGAUCUUCAGGAAGACUGCACCCCGGUUCAGCCGGCCUUGAGCAGUGCUUUGAUGAACACCUACUGUGAAGGCAAGCCGAGCCAGUUGUCUACAGCAAGGGCCUGUGAUGGCGCGAUGACGGUCUUCUUGCAGAAGGCUUUGGCCAAUUUUAUGUUCAAAAGCUGCGGUGAGGCCAGCUGCGUGUUCGACUUCGAUCAGCCCGACCAGAUCGUCUAUCAGUGGGAUUCAAGCAAAGGUUGCUAUGAGGCUGGAGGUGCAGGGAACCCUUGCUUUGGUUCUGUGGACCAAGCUUUGGCCAUUAAGAAGAAGUCGAAGAUGUGCCAGGACGCUGGAUGCAUCCAUAUGGUUCCGACCUUCAGCAAUGCCCUGAUGACGCGGUACUGUGGCGACUUGAGCCGCACGGGCGAGGAUCGCAGCAUCACCGCGCAGGGCUGUGAAGAUGACACGAUCGCGGUGCAGAAGUCUCUGGCGAAUCACAUGUUCAGCCAUUGUGGCACCUGGUGCAUCUUCGACUUCGAUGAUCCUGCCAUCUCUUAUGGAUGGUGGCCUGAAAAGAAGUGCUGGCAGCGAGGAGGUUGUGAGGGCCACCCUGAAGGCAGUGUGGCCAAGGAGGUCAAGGCCAAGUCUUGUGAGUUGACGACUACAACGACCACCAGCACCAGCACUUCCACCUCAACGAUCACCACCUCAACGUCAACGACCUCGACCUCGACCACGACCAUCACAAGUACCUCCACGACAACCACGAGCACCUCUACAGUCACCAGCACCACAACCACCAGCACCAGCACCAUCACCUCCACGACCACCACCUCAACGUCCACCAGCACGACUACGACAAGCACGACCACUAUCACGUCUACCACGACCACCAGCACCAGCACAACAACAGAGACCAGCACAACCACCACGUUGACAACUACAUCCACCACUACUAUCACAACCACCACCGCGACGGACCACCACAACGACCUCAACGAGCACCGAGACCAGCACUACAACAACCUCCACCAGCACAUCGACCUCUACCUCGACAACGACCACCACAAGCACCCUGACUUCGACAACCACCUCGACAUCAACAAGCACCACAACUUCCACCGUGACCUCCACCACGACCACCUCCACCAGCACCAUCACCACAACGUCCACUGUCACCUCAACGACGACCACCACCAUCACCUCCACCACGACAACUACCACCACGCAGACUUCCACCACAACGACCACCUCCACCACGACGACCACUACAUCCACCUCGACGUCGACGACCAGCAUUACAUCCACCUCCACCAGUACCACCAGCACAAGCACGACUACCUUCACCAAGACCACCACAGCACUGCCAGCGACCUGCGGCAUUUGUGA